UCAGGGAGUGUAAUUCACGGUCCUCUUGACCCGGAAAUACAUUUUAUUCCUUUCGGUCACACGUGUGGAGGAAGUCGUGCAAUUUCCACCAUGGGGAGGUCCAAACAAACAGGAAAUCAUAAGAGUGACAAAAAGAAGAACAUUUCAAAGACAUGGAAGACAAAGCGCAGGACUAAAGAUCUGGACCAGAUCCACACGGACAUGAAGCCAGAGACAGCAACCAAACUGCUGCAUCAGGAGGUGGACUACGACGUCACCGGAUGUGCUCAACACUACUGCCUGCACUGCGCGAGAUAUUUCGUGGACAUGAGAUCUUUGAAAGAGCACUUCAAAACAAAAGUGCACAAGAGAAGAUUGAAACAGCUCCGGGAAGAGCCCUACACGCAGGCAGAGGCGGAGAGAGCUGCAGGCAUGGGCUCCUACAUCCCUCAUAAAACUGUUGAAGUGAAAACACAACCGGUGGAAGAGGACAUGGACUGAGAACUACCAGCAUUAAAAUAUGGACUGAUUUUUCUCAGUGUCAUUGUGGAUCACGCAUCUGUUAUUUAUUACUGUCACAAUUCUUGAUACAAAGUGAGAUGCUUCUUUUGUGACAGAUAAUGGAUGCUCUUUUGCAAUGUAUGAGUGUGAGGCCACGUGUACCUAUGUACAUUUAUAACAGUGGAAGUGUUUGGAAUGAUGAUAAACUAAUGAGGUAGAAAAAUGAAUAGGCUAAGUAUCAGGAAUGACAGAAGAUCUUUUUCCUUUUUUUGUCAUUAAGUUGCAAAUUUUCUGACUUUGCUGUCAAUUGUGUGGAGAAAAAGGAAAAUGCAUUCACAUUAUAUAACUACAGUGGUUUUCAAAGAAGUUUGCAAAAUUAAUAAGAUAAAUCCAAGCACUGUGUCAGGUACAGUACACAUGUAAUGUUUGCAGACUAUGUAACCUGUUUUAAUGUGUAUUGUCACUUGCAUCAGUGCACAUUGUGUUCAUUCUCUGGUUUGUGCAGCGCUGCUUCCAAAAAUUAAAGCUGGGGUCUAAGCGAAAAGAAAAGGACAAUCCAUUGCUUUUCAAAGUACAUAAAUCUUACAGCAGAAAUUAUAUUACUGU